AUGCCGACAAAACCGGCGCAGGCCACGGGGAGGGGUCUAACGGGGACAUCCCAAUCUCGGGGAUCCAAUCCAUCUAGACACGACGACUCGGGCUCUGGGGCAGAAACUCCGGCCCGUAGACGCUUGCAGAAGGCCGCCUCAACUACUUUCCAUAUGAACACCUCCACCAAUUUCGAUUCACAAUCCUCAAGGGGCGUUGCAGGCCCGCGCUCAGGGGAAACAAGUAGGAGAAGAUUGUCCAUCAGAGGUCCAAAGGCUCCUCAGGGGCCUCGCCCACAAGAUGUUUCGCGCGGGAGCAAACCCUCCGCCACCUACUUCCACUCCGAGAGCUCUUCAAUUGAUUCCACAAACGAUUCGGUCAGGGGUUAUAAUCUUCGAUCUACCAGUGUGGGAAACCUGUCGAAAGCGGAGGCCAGCCAAACCCCGACAGGCGAGAAAGGGGAAUUUCUGGCACCGAUCAGUUUCGAUGACUUCCACAAUAGUAUCAUGGCCGAGCCCAGUCUCAAUAAUUUCCCCAUGCCUGGUAAUGGCGGCGCGGGAAUCGAAAACCGGGACUCUGGAUUGUCCACAAACAGCUCCUGGACCACUCAUAGCUACGAGAGCACUGCUUCGGAACGGGCAAGGGGCCCUGCAUCUCGCCGGAAGAGUGAAGUCCACCGCUUGAAUGGCCAGACGCCCACGAACUCGGGGCUAUCGACUGCCCCCGCUAACUCCCGCAACCGCCGCCAAAGUCUUGCCCAAACACCCGCCGCGGCCGCCACGAGUGCGCGAGGCUCGCGCAAGUCAAUCAGCUCCGGUGCAUUCGCGCCUACCAACGCAUCUGCUAGACGUGCUAGUCUCAGCGCUCGCAAAAUCAGUGUCGACACGACGCGAAUGGAUACGAACAAUUUCCUUCGCCCACGGGCCCAGCAACCAGACCAAGCUCCAGAAGAUUACAAAGUUCCAUCAUCGGUGCGAAGUCUGAAAGCGAAAUCCUUCCAACCGUCUCCGCGCGAGCCACGCAGCACGUUUUUAACAGCAGCGAGGACUACGGAUCAUACAAGAUCUUCUUCUACCAAUGCGGUUCGUACGCCAGUCAAGAAUCCCGCUGGGGCUAAUGUCGCAAACACAACACCUUCCUCAUCAUCCAAGCGCAUGUCUACCAUGCCGCAUGCCACCGGCUUGGGCGCGCGCACCAUUAGUCCCACAGAUGCACGACGCAUGAAACGAAUGUCAAUCGCGCCUCCUGCACCACCGAUGCCACAUACCCCUCCCACGCAGACGGAGCCUCUUCCCACCCGACCCGUGUCCACAAAUCAAUCCCCAUCAUUUAUCCCAAGGAAGAGCGUCACCCCUUCCUCCAACCGAACAACUCCUGACCCGAAUCGCAAGUCAUACAGCUCCGGGCUCUCGCUGUCAUCGAACACUAGCUACAACUCUGUCCGAAACUCUGGAACUUCACUCCAACCUCGUCUGUCUCAGAAUUUCUCUUCAUCACGUCUACCAACCCCCAAACCGCGCACGGAACAAACCUCAAAGGAUUCUGAGGAAGAGGUACCGCCUGUUCCCGCAAUUCCUAAGGCUUAUGAAUCUCCGAAGGGUGAGCUUGAGGCGCCCGUCUUUCCUGCGCCGAGAAAGUCAAGCUUGCCGGUUGAUAUCAGCCUUCUCAACAUUGCACGAGACUCUGAUUCCGAUGCCCUCGGCGCUCUUGGUGGUCUUGGUGGUCUUGGUGUUACUGGAGCCGACAAUACUGACAUCACUAAUGGGCGGGUCACGAAAACCCCCGAGUCGCGAACGCGAACUUCCACGGUGCUGGGUCGCAAGGGCCUGCAGCCAUUGAAGCUGCCGCCAUUGAACUUGCUUCCUCUGGGGACUCCAAUGACGACUAAGAUUGAGGCGUUGAGGGACAGAGAAGCUGAAGAGAGGAAAGCCCACACCCCUUCAAACCAAGUCAUCUCAAAGACACCCAGUACUCCCAUGACUGCCUCCAAGGCGAACUUCUGGUAUCGUGAUGAGGAUGACAAGGGGCCAGCUACCCAAGUUCGCAGCAGCACGUCGCAUUUCGCGCUAAGCUCCAUCUCCACAGCUGGACUGCGCACGGCCAGCAGCACCGAUGCCUUUGGCCCUACAGAUACGCCCAAUGGCACUCGCAACAUCUCACCCUAUGCCUCAUAUACGCUCCCGAAGUCCAGCUCCGAGUUCAAUGCUCUCCGUCACCAGGCGAGUGGUGAUUACUCCAACCGAGUAUCCCAAUCUUACAAACUUACUGGGCCUCGACCUCAGACACAGAGCGCCAUCUUCGCGCCAGCUGCUGAAAGGCUUAGCCACAUUUCGACACCAUCUGAGCCCGAGAGUACCACUGUGGUGCCUGCUUCUACUCUGAAAGACCGACUGAAUGUGGCUCGCCUUCGCAGCAAUUCCAAGGCAAACCUUUCGUCUGAAGCUGAUAAUGACCGCGUCAAGUAUGAUAACAUGCCGCCACCAAAGCUUCCGGCUUCUGCGACAUGGAAUAAUCUCUCUUCCGUGACCUCGACCAGCCCUGUUACGAAGACUUCCUAUCUCAAGCCUCGACGCCAGUCAUCCGUCUCGAGUAUCACGAAACAGGCUGCUCCUCGGAAACCGAGUGUCAGUAGUGAUCGUAGUGUCCCCCUUGAGCAUACUACUACCAAUGAGUCCACGGGCAGUGACCAUUCUCACAACCGUGCUGCGGGCAACUAUGUGUCCCCUGUUCACAAGAUUAUCAGCUCUGCUCGAUCCAGCGCGGCCGCUAAUUCGCGGUCGGCUGAUGCCAGCGUUGACGCGGAUACCGUCAUUGCAGAUGAAGAAAUGAGGCGAUUGGGCGCAAAGCGGAAGGACUUUGAAACUGCGGCUAGGCAAUUGGAUGAACUGCGUCGCAAGGCAUGUCCAAAGGAUCGUGUCAGUCCAGCCCAGGCGCUUAAGAUGGCAAACUUGAACAUCUUCGAGCGUGGCGAGAUCAUUGACUACCGUGAUAUCUUCUUCUGCGGUACCCAGAAUGCGAAGAAGCAUGUGGGAGACCUGCACUCAGGCGCUGCAAACUUUGGCUAUGACGAUGAUCGUGGAGAUUACAACAUCGUCAUCGGCGACCAUCUUGCCUAUCGCUACGAGGUUGUGGAUGUCCUCGGCAAGGGAAGUUUCGGACAAGUCGUGCGCUGUGUUGACCACAAGACUGGUGCUUUGGUCGCUGUCAAGAUCAUUCGGAACAAAAAGCGAUUCCACCAGCAAGCUCUCAUCGAAGUCAACCUUCUCAAGAAGCUAAAGGAUUGGGAUUCUGAGCGCCGGCACAGUGUGGUUGCGUUCGAUCAGAGUUUCUACUUCCGCGGUCAUUUGUGCAUCUCCACUGAACUGUUGGGCAUGAACCUUUACGAGUUUAUCAAGGCACACGACUUCCGCGGAUUUUCGCUCAAGCUUAUUCGCCGUUUCACCAAGCAGAUGCUCAGCAGUCUGGUGCUGUUGCAUGCUAAAAAGGUCAUUCACUGUGAUCUGAAGCCCGAGAACAUUCUUCUGGUUCACCCGUUGAAUUCGGAGAUUCGCGUGAUCGACUUCGGAUCCAGCUGUUUCGAGAAUGAAAAGGUCUACACCUACAUCCAGAGUCGUUUUUAUCGCUCUCCGGAAGUCAUUCUUGGAAUGUCAUACGGCAUGCCUAUCGACAUGUGGAGCUUGGGCUGUAUCCUGGCCGAAUUGCUCACCGGUUAUCCCAUCUUCCCUGGUGAGAACGAACAGGAACAGCUGGCUUGCAUUAUGGAGGUCUUUGGUCCGCCCGAGAAGCAUCUGAUUGAAAAGAGCACUCGCAAGAAGUUGUUCUUCGAUUCUCUUGGCAAACCACGCCUGACUGUUUCGUCCAAGGGUCGCCGUCGCCGUCCAAGCUCCAAGGACCUCCGGCAAGUCCUCAAGUGUGACGAUGAAGCCUUCCUAGAUUUCCUCUCCCGUUGUCUCCGCUGGGAUCCCACACGUCGACUGAGCCCUCAUGACGCCUUGAAACAUGAGUUUAUCACCGGCGUCAAAUUGGCUACUCGACCUCGGAUGUAUGCUGCUGCGUCACCCUCCAAGAGAGUAACCACAACCUCCAGUGCGCGCCCACUUCCCGAGCCUCCUGGUGGUACCCUGAAGAGUGCUCGCACUCGUGAUGUUUCAGGCACCUCCCCAGUCAAGGGCAGCAGUGGAAAGCGGCACUCGACGGUCACCGGUCUGCCGCCAUCUAGCCCUGCCAAGCGAGGGUCAAACACUUCCACUAUCUCAGGGACUGGCCUGCCUCGUGCUUCUGCACGCAGUAUCAGUGGGAAGCCCGACCUCGCCACGGCGGCGGCUGCGACCAGUCUGAGGAGCAAAUAAGCGGUUUCUAUCGCCUCUCUCCGCCGUUUUCCAUAUUUAUUAUUCCAUGCCCCUUCCCCUUUCCUCCUCAAUGCCCUGUAAUCAUAAUUGUUCUGAUUUCUCGUUUUUUUUUGGCCUGUUUUAUUCUCAUGCAUCAGGUGGUAUGUCAUGUCAGCUUACGUUGGUCUGGUUCGGUGAACCUAUGGAGAUGAAUCGAGACGACAUACAUCCUAUACCCAUUUUAUGUUCGUUGAAAGCAUUUGCAUCUGGGCCUUGAUAUGAUUCUUUGUUGCAAGGGUACUGCGUCCAUGUCCUCCGAUUCUCACGUUCGCUUUUUCUUGCUAUAUGACGACCCCCUCUUUCAUCAGGACUUUCUUUUUGGUCCUGCUAUCUGUACAUUUUCUUGUUCUCUUAUUUUAUCUCCUUGCAUCUCUCCUCGAGAGCUUGGCUUCUUCCUGAUGUGGACGUUCAUGGAGAGCAUUCGGAUUGGCAAUUAAGCUUGCAUUUGCUAUUGAAAAGACAUUUUACCAUUGUGUGUACAAUAAUAAUUCAACAAUCAGUUCCUCUGGGU